CGCAUGGACGGGCGUAGUUCCCAAGUUAGCGGAUGAUUUGCCUUGUCUCGCGUUCGUGAUGGUCUAGUUGCGGGUUUACGAAGUUCUGGCGCUUUCUACUGGCCGGUACAUUCACACGGACGAUUGAACAGCCUUUACUGGACGAACGGCCUACUCGCGGCGCUAAAUUCGCAUGGACUGAUUUGCGCUAAACCGCUCGAUUGAUUCGCUCCCUCGCGUCUCUCAGGCUGCUCCCUCGCGUCUCUCCAUGGCGUCCGCCGCGCGUCGCUACGUCUGCCUCCUCCUUCUCCCGUUCCUCCUUUCCUGCGCAUCCCCUUCCGCCCCCCACCCCUCCUCCCUCCCCCAUUCGUCCUCGUCGUCGCCUAUUCCCCCAUGGCGCACCUCUCGUCGGCGUGCGACGCUCAGCGACACCGUGCGACGCUCUGGCGCGAGAGAGUACCCGAACCUCAUGCAGAUUGCGACGGCGUCGUAUCCCAACAGCGCCGUCGCCCCCUACGACUGGGCGUACUUCCCUGCGGAGGUGCCGGAGCACGCGCUCGUGGUGAGGUUCGAGUUUUACAAGCAAUGGACCGCCGCCCGGGGGGCGCGCGCUGCCGACGCGCCCGCUGUGCCGCUGGUGUGCUUUGCGCUGGGCUCGCUGCCGCUGCCGUCAGAGCAGGAACCGCGAUACGGCUCACUGGAGGCAGCAGCCCGGGCGGCGGGGGGAGCCCUCUCUCCCUUUGGGGGGGCGAUGGGUGCAGUGGCAGGGGGACAAGGGGGGUGGGGGAGGCGAGGAGAGGGGCUGUAGCGGGGGAGACACACUGCGCGUUGUUCCGCUCCACCAGCACGUUCAACCUCAUUGCUGACGACAACGU